GCGCUAGGUGUCAGACGGCGAGCCGGGUAGCCGGCCCAACGCUUCUCGCUCGCUCAGCCCUGGCUCCUUCGGUGGCGGCCGCCCACUGGCCGCGAUCCCCACCGGGCUGCCGUGGCCCACACCCUGCGGCAUGUGCCGGUGACGGAGCGCGGGGCCGCGCGGGAGGCAGCCGUGGCCGAGGAGCGUGAGGAAGAGGCUGUCUGUGCCAUUAUGUGCGCGUCGGUCAAGUACAAUAUCCGGGGUCCCGCCCUCAUCCCAAGGAUGAAGACCAAGCACCGAAUCUACUACAUCACCCUCUUCUCCGUCGUCCUGCUGGGCCUCAUUGCCACGGGCGUGUUUCAGUUCUGGCCCCACUCCAUCGAGUCCUCCAGCGACUGGAGCUUGGAGAAGCGCAGCGUCCGCGACGUGCCGGUGGUCAGGCUGCCGGCCGACAGUCCUGUCCCCGAGCGGGGCGACCUCAGCUGCAGAAUGCACACGUGCUUUGACGUCUACCGCUGCGGCUUCAACCCCAAGAACAAGAUCAAGGUGUACAUCUACCCUCUGAAGAAGUACGUGGACGACUCUGGCGUCCCGGUCAGCAACACCAUCUCCCGCGAGUACAACGAACUGCUCACGGCCAUCUCGGACAGCGACUACUACACCGACGACAUCACCCGGGCCUGCCUGUUUGUCCCGUCCAUCGACGUGCUGAACCAGAACACGCUCCGCAUUAAGGAGACAGCGCAGGCGCUGGCCCAGCUCUCCAGGUGGGAUCGAGGCACAAACCACCUGCUGUUCAACAUGCUGCCUGGAGGCCCCCCGGAUUAUAACACAGCCCUGGAUGUCCCCAGAGACAGGGCUCUGUUGGCUGGUGGCGGCUUUUCCACGUGGACUUACCGGCAAGGCUAUGAUGUCAGCAUCCCUGUCUACAGCCCGCUGUCCGCCGAGGUGGACCUUCCAGAGAGAGGGCCGGGGCCCCGGCGAUACUUCCUGCUGUCGUCCCAGAUGGCUGUCCAUCCCGAGUACCGCACGGAACUGGAGGCCCUUCAGGCCACCCACGGAGAGUCCGUGCUGGUGCUGGAUAAGUGCUCCAACCUCUCCGAGGACGUCCUUUCCGUGCGCAAGCGCUGCCACCAGCACCAGGUCUUCGAGUACCCGCAGGUGCUGCAGGAGGCUACUUUCUGCGUGGUCCUUCGUGGAGCUCGGCUGGGCCAGGCGGUACUGAGUGACAUCUUACGGGCUGGCUGUGUCCCCGUCGUCAUCGCAGACUCCUACGUUUUGCCUUUCUCCGAAGUUCUUGACUGGAAGAGAGCAUCCGUGGUUGUGCCAGAAGAAAAGAUGUCAGAUGUAUACGGCAUUUUGCAGAGCAUCCCCCAAAGACAGAUUGAAGAAAUGCAGAGACAGGCACGGUGGUUCUGGGAGGCGUACUUCCAGUCCAUUAAAGCCAUCGCCCUGGCCACCCUGCAGAUCAUCAAUGACCGGAUCUAUCCGUACGCCGCCAUCUCCUACGAAGAGUGGAAUGACCCUCCGACUGUGAAGUGGGGCAGCGUGAGCAACCCGCUCUUCCUGCCGCUGAUCCCGCCACAGUCGCAGGGUUUCACUGCCAUCGUCCUCACCUACGACCGAGUGGAGAGUCUCUUCCGCGUCAUCACUGAAGUGUCCAAGGUGCCCAGUCUGUCCAAGCUCCUUGUCGUCUGGAAUAACCAGAAUAAGAGCCCUCCAGAAGAGUCUCUGUGGCCCAAAAUCCGGGUCCCAUUAAAGGUCGUGAGGACGGCUGAAAACAAGCUGAGUAACCGUUUCUUCCCAUACGACGAAAUUGAGACGGAGGCAGUGCUGGCCAUCGACGACGACAUCAUCAUGCUGACCUCCGACGAGCUGCAGUUCGGCUACGAGGUCUGGCGGGAAUUCCCGGACCGGCUGGUGGGCUACCCCGGUCGCCUGCAUCUGUGGGACCAUGAGAUGAGCAAGUGGAAGUACGAGUCUGAGUGGACCAAUGAGGUGUCCAUGGUGCUCACGGGAGCAGCUUUUUAUCACAAGUAUUUUAAUUACCUGUACACCUACAAAAUGCCUGGGGAUAUCAAGAACUGGGUGGAUGCCCACAUGAACUGUGAAGACAUUGCUAUGAACUUCCUGGUGGCCAAUGUCACAGGGAAAGCUGUCAUCAAGGUAACACCGCGAAAGAAGUUCAAGUGUCCUGAGUGCACAGCCAUUGACGGGCUCUCGCUAGACCAGACCCACAUGGUGGAGAGGUCUGAGUGCAUCAACAAGUUUGCCUCGGUCUUCGGGACCAUGCCUCUGAAGGUGGUGGAGCACCGUGCCGACCCCGUCCUGUACAAGGACGACUUUCCCGAGAAGCUGAAGAGCUUCCCCAACAUCGGCAGCCUGUGACCUUGCCAUGGUGGAGGUCUGAGUGUUCGGCUUGGACAGAGGGAGAGAACAUGGCCUCCCCAGCGCUUUGACACCAGGGUGGGGACUCCAGGGGGGAGACUGACGUGCUGGGUCCUGGCACACACCCCCUGACCUCCUUCCUCAAGAACAGGAGCCUCAGGAGGCCGUCUAGGCCCCUUGAGCUGCGCCCCCUCGGCCCCAGCGCUCCAAGCAGGCCCAGUGGCGUGCUCCAGGUCUGCCUCCGGCUCAGGCUCCUUCGUUUCCAAGUCCAGCAUCACAGUCUGAAAGGAAACGUCACUGCAAAGCUGCUGAGGCGGGAAACCUGCACCCCAUUUUAGGUUUGGGGAACCAUGGACGAGAUACCCAUACCUCACUUUUAGUUACUUCAAAUCAGUGAGUUCUUUGCAGGAAAAGCCAAGCCAAAAUUUGGUGCAAAAUCCAAUCACAGUGGGAUUUGAUAGGCAGCGUGGGGCAAGUGUGUUCACAGUUGUCCGUGUGGAAGGUGACACCAUCGUGUACAAAUAAUGGAAGAAUCAGCUCAGUUUCCCGUGCUCACAACUGUGGCCCUGCUCCUGCCCCACCCCGUGGGCGUGGGGCCUGGGUGCUGGGUUCGCCCACGGAAGGGCAUUCAUUGGCUGCUGCCUCGGGACCUUCUGUGCCCUGUGAAGUAUUCCUGUUCAGUUUGGCUUUUUCCACAUGAUUAAAAUUAUUUUUUACUCCUUUU